GAGAUGAGGGUGUUUCCCCCGCGAAAGAGAAGCGCGCGUUUUUUCUUUGGCCGGGAUUUGUCGGGAAGCCUGGGACCAGCAGCGCCUGUGAGGAGACAGCGCGCGCCGUUCAGGUUCUUUGAGGAGGGGACCCUGUUUCUCAGCGUGUGACCAGCCAUGCCAGCGCAGCAGCCCGCGAGCAGCGACGGGUCGCGAGCCCCGGGUAGGGUGGAACAGCCGGAGCCUGCCCUGAUUACCCCGGCCAUGCUAGACGAGGAGGAGCAGCUCGAGGCUGCCGGGCUCGAGAGAGAGCGGAAGAUGCUAGAAAAGGCUCACAUGUCUUGGGAUAGAGAAUCUGUGGACAUUCGGUACCGUAGACUUCAACAUUUACUUGAAAAAAGCAAUAUCUACUCUAAAUUUUUAUUGACUAAAAUGGAACAGCAACAAUUAGAGGAGCAGAAGAAGAAAGAGAAAUUAGAGAGAAAAAAGGAAUCUUCCAAAGUUACUAUGGGUAAAAGUUCCAUUGGUGCAAGUGAGGAGAAUCCAGUUAUGAGAAAGAAAAGAGGAAGAGAAGAUGAAUCAUACAAUAUUUCAGAGGUCAUGUCAAAAGAGGAAAUUUUGUCUGUGGCUAAAAAAAAUAAAAAGGAGAAUGAGGAAGAAAGCUCCUCUUCUAAUCUCUGUGUAGAAGAUCUUCAGAAAAACAAAGACUCAAAUAGUAUAAUUAAAGAUAGAUUGUCGCAAACAGUUAGGCAAAAUACUAAACUCUUCUUUGACCCAGUGCGGAAAUAUAAUGGACAGCCAGUACCCUUUCAGCAACCAAAACACUUUACAGGAGGUGUGAUGCGUUGGUACCAAGUAGAAGGCAUGGAAUGGCUCAGGAUGCUUUGGGAAAAUGGAAUUAAUGGCAUUUUAGCAGAUGAAAUGGGAUUGGGGAAGACAGUUCAGUGCAUUGCUACAAUUGCAUUGAUGAUUCAGAGAGGAGUACCUGGACCUUUUCUUGUCUGUGGCCCGUUGUCUACGCUUCCUAACUGGAUAGCUGAAUUCCAAAGAUUUACACCGGAAAUUCCUACUAUGUUGUAUCAUGGGACCCAGCAGGAACGUCGAAAAUUGGUAAGGAAGAUUCACCAACGGAAAGGAACACUGCAGAUUCAUCCUGUGGUAAUCACUUCAUUUGAAAUAGCCAUGAGAGACCGGAAUGCAUUACAGCAUUGCUAUUGGAAAUACUUAAUAGUAGAUGAAGGACACAGGAUUAAGAACAUGAAGUGCCGUCUAAUCAGGGAGUUAAAACGAUUCAAUGCAGAUAACAAACUUCUUUUGACUGGAACUCCCUUGCAAAACAAUUUAUCUGAACUUUGGUCAUUGCUAAACUUUUUGUUGCCAGAUGUAUUUGAUGACUUGAAAAGCUUUGAAUCUUGGUUUGAUAUCACUAGUCUUUCUGAAACUGCUGAAGAUAUUAUUGCUAAAGAAAGAGAACAGAAUGUAUUGCAUAUGCUGCACCAGAUUCUUACACCUUUCUUACUGAGAAGACUAAAGUCUGAUGUUGCUCUUGAGGUUCCUCCUAAACGAGAAGUAGUCGUUUAUGCACCACUUUCAAAGAAACAAGAGAUCUUUUAUACAGCCAUUGUGAACCGUACAAUUGCGAACAUGUUUGGAUCCAGUGAGAAAGAAACAGUUCAGUUAAGUUCCACUGGACGACCAAAACGGCGAACCAGAAAGUUAAUAAAUUACAGCGAAGUAGAUGAUUCCCCUAAUGAACUGGAAAAAUUGAUCAGUCAGAUACAGCCAGAGCUAGACCGAGAAAGAGCUGUUGUGGAAGUGAAUAUUCCUGUAGAAUCUGAAGUUGAUUUGAAGCUACAGAAUAUAAUGAUGCUACUUCGUAAAUGCUGUAAUCAUCCAUAUUUGAUUGAAUACCCUAUAGACCCUGUAACACAAGAGUUUAAGGUUGAUGAAGAAUUGGUAACAAAUUCUGGGAAAUUCUUAAUUUUGGAUCGAAUGCUUCCAGAACUAAAAACCAGAGGUCACAAGGUGCUGCUUUUUUCACAAAUGACAAGGAUGUUGGACAUUUUGAUCGAUUACUGCCACUUUAGAGAUUUCAACUUUAGUAGACUUGAUGGAUCCAUGUCUUAUUCAGAGAGAGAGAGAAAUAUGCACAACUUCAACACAGAUCCAGAUGUGUUUAUCUUCUUAGUGAGUACACGAGCUGGUGGCCUGGGCAUCAAUUUGACUGCAGCAGAUACAGUUAUCAUUUAUGAUAGUGAUUGGAACCCCCAGUCUGAUCUUCAGGCCCAGGAUAGAUGUCAUAGAAUUGGUCAGACAAAGCCAGUUGUUGUAUAUCGUCUUGUUACAGCAAACACUAUUGAUCAGAAAAUUGUGGAAAGAGCAGCUGCUAAAAGAAAACUGGAAAAGUUGAUCAUCCAUAAAAAUCAUUUCAAAGGCGGUCGAUCUGGAUUAAAUCCAUCUAAGAGCUUCAUAGACCCUAAGGAAUUAAUGGAAUUAUUAAAAUCUAGAGAUUAUGAGAGGGAAGUGAAAGGAUCAAGAGAGAAGGUCAUUAGUGAUGAAGAUCUAGAGUUGUUGUUAGAUCGAAGUGAUCUCAUUGAUCAAAUGAAUGCCUCAGGACCAAUUAAAGAGAAGAUGGGAAUUUUCAAGAUAUUAGAAAACUCUGAAGAUUCCAGUUCGGAAUGUUUGUUUUAAAUUGAAGCUAAAGAAUGUCUUUUAAAAAUUCUUAUUUACUUCUACAGAUUUACCUAUAUUGGUGUUAAAAUCCAGAUUGCCUGCUUUACUUUUUGAUUACAUCAGUUUACAUAAUGUAACAUUACAUAAUUGAUAGGUGGUAAUUUUCUGAGCCUUAUUACGAACAAAUAAGUAUUAAGUUUAGAUUUUCAGUUAAUAUUUCAGACUCAGUAGUACCCUUGGGUACAGCCUGAUGUGUACUUCACCACUGCCAGAGUUAUUCAGUCUUCCUGUGGAAGUUUAAUGUCUUUUUCUCCUCAUUUCCCCUCUAUAGCAAUACAGUUCAUGGGUUUUUGGUACUUCAGUUAUGGAGUAGGCUUUUAAUGGGGGAAAGAUUGGGAUUGUGCUUUCUGUUUAAAUAAGAAAUUGUUUGAUUUUAGGGUCUCUUUCUAUAAAAUGGUUUACCAAAUAAAUAUUCAUUUUAAGAUGA